UUCAACGUCUGAGUCUUGUUGUGCUGUAAAGCGGAAUUGAUGAGUCUUCAAAUAUUGGGAUCUGGUCACAUCUUGCGCCAUAACUCGGUACCAUGGUAUCCCUGUACUCAGCAACCACGGCCUCCACCCAGUCAUCCACCUGGUGUUUUAGGCAGCUUUGAAAACCCCAGGACAGAGAGCAGAAGGCACUGCUUCAAGCACUACAGCUCAGCUCAGAUCGUCAGCAGUAAUGAAGAAGGUAGAGAAUAUCAAAUUCCCGGACCUAUGACGUCUUGCGGGGUCACGGACGACAUGCAUGUCUGCUUCAAGUAUCAGUAUGAUUUUCACAGCUUCAUAUCAACUAUCCAUCUUCUCGAUCCAUCAACACUUUAGUCCGGUCCAAGACAACUUUACUGAACAGAAACAACAUCAAGGGUACACCUCUCGCCACCAGACCACCAAACCAUCACGGCACACAUCACCCAUUCGAACACAGCCAAACUCAACAACAUGCCACCAAAACUCAACCUAACCCCCCUCUCCUCUCUCCGCAUCUCAGCACAUUACAUCCCCUCCCACUCCCUCCUCCCCAACACCACACCUCACGGUCACCCACUCCUAAUAUACCACUCCUGCUUCCCCGCCACCACCUCCCCAUCAGCCAUUGAAUCCCACCUCCCCACAAACUCCAUAGCCCCGCAAUGGCGGUACACAAUGUAUACAACCUCGCACUACCACAGCACAACCCACGAAAUCCUGUGCAUCAUCCGCGGCCGGGCGCGCCUGCUCUUCGGCGGCGAAUCGAACCCAGGACGCGUAGAGGAGGAGGUGAGGGUCGGCGAUGUGGUUGUUGUGCCAGCGGGGGUUGCGCAUCGGUUGCUGGAGGAUGUGGACGGGGGGUUUGAGAUGGUGGGAGCUUAUCCCAGGGGGUGCGGGUGGGAUAUGUGCUAUGGAGAGAAGGGGGAGGAGGGGAAAGCGGCGGCGGUGGGGGGUGUGGAGUGGUUUGAGAGGGAUCCGAUGUAUGGGGAUAAUGGGCCGGUGCUGUGGGGGAGAGAGAGGCUGGAGGGAAGUUGUGGUCUGAAAAUCGGUGCUCUGGUGUGA